CUGGCAUCCCAUCAUCCACAACCCUAAAACCAUCGUCCCUACACUUCCAUACACAAUGGCUUCAUCAGCGAGGCCCGCAAUGCGCAUACUAUCCCGUCGACUAGACACCCUCCGUCAACCAUCCCCCGCACCCAUCCUCCACCAAGCAAGAUAUCUCUCCUCCACCCGCUACAGCAACCCAGCAAAGCGCACAUUCACCGCAGCACCGGCCGCAACGCCGCCAACAUCGUCUUUCCUCGGCAACAAAACCAGCGAGCAGCCCAGUGAAAUCGAAGCCGUCCCCGCCUCCCUGCUCUCACCAAACUCGCGAGGAACCCCCGAAGCAAAGCGGCAAUACCAUGUGCGACGAAUGCGGUUCGCAGCCAUGGGGUUACUGCUCACUCUCGUGGGACUCGGGUUCACAAUCUCCCGCCUCGAGCUAGAUGAUAUGGGACAGGUGAAGAAGGCGCAAGGAGUCGGCAAGCAGCAGCUCGACGCUUCCAACGAGGCGAACAUGACGUUCCAAGGGAAAGAAGUGCACGUCGUCGGAGCAGGGGAGGACAAGCGAAUAGUAGCCGAAGGCCAAGGGCAGCAAAUCGAACUCGUGGAAACGGGGACAAGCAGCGUGCCGCACUUCCCCCGCACAAUCCUCCUCCCCGUCCUAGCGGGCGCAGCAUCACAGAGCACGGAGCAGCAGCCCGGCGCCGCGCCAAUCGCCAGCGCAAUCGACAACCAAGAGGAGUACACGCUCGUCGGCCUCGGCAUCCGCACGGUAAUGUGGAUCCAGGUGUACGUGGUCGGCUUCUACGUGCGCACGAGCGACAUCUCCUACCUGCAGGAAAAGCUCAUCCACCAAGUGAACCCCAUCGCGUCGACGCUCGUGCCUUCCGAGAAAGAAUCGCUCAAAGCCAAACUGCUCGACGGCACCGCCAGCACGGAAAUCUGGGCACAGCUGCUCGCCGUCCCGGGUAUCCAAACGGCAUGGCGCGUCUCGCCCACGCGCAACACGGACUUCAGCCAUUUGCGCGACGGCUUCGUGACGGGCAUCAGCAAGCGGACGCAGGAGGCUCGCAAGGGGCUGGCCGGCGGGCAGGAGACGGAGUUUGAGGCGGAGGACUUUGGGCAGGCGAUUCAGAGUUUCAAGGGGAUUUUUGCGGGCGGCAAGGCGCCCAAGGGCUCGAUUUUGUUGAUGGUGAGGGAUCGCGGCGGGGCGUUGGAGGUUUUGUUCCAGGCGAAGCCGGAUGGGAGUGGGAAUGAGAAGGCUGUUGAGAGGCUUGGGGGCGUGGCGGAUGAGAGGAUUAGCAAGCUUAUUUGGAUGAAUUACUUGAGUGGGGAUAAAGUGAGUUCGGAGCCGGCGAGGAAGGGAGUUGUGGAUGGUUUGGUGGUGUUUGCUGGGCGGCCGAUUGGGUCUGUUGAGGCCAGAGUGACUUGAUGGGACGACAUAGAUAUUUUGUUACUGGAAGCGGGAACUGCUAGAAAAGAGGCCACGGCGCAAAAAAUGACACGCAGCAUUCUUCGGGGUGGGGCUAUAAAGUCGUAACACAUACUCAUACCUCUACUCAUCAAUCAUAGCAAACAGCCAAGCAAGACAGUCUUACGGACGGAACUUCUCCAGAUACGAAGAAAU